CGUCACGUCGGGGCCGCUUGGGCUGAGGUAACAGGAGAAGGAGCCGCUCAGCUAAUGUCACUAAACUUGCCCCGGACUCUCCGAAACUUGUUGCGGCUCCGCGCGCCCGUCUCCUUCUCCCCUGGCCACUCGCCGCCUCCCGCUCCCCCACUCCCUGUUCCCGACUCCCGCUGGACCUGCUUUUCCCCCGAGCUCGGGGCCGCCGGAUGCUGCGGGCUCCGGGCGGAGGCUUGAGGCAGGGCGCUGCCCUCCCCGCGGCGCGGACCAUGCUAGCCUUGGCGCUGCUCGCCUUCGGAGCGCUGCGAGCCGGAGCUGGAAGCUACCUGGCUGUGAUCGUCCCCCAGGACCCGACGCUGCUCAUCGGCUCCUCCCUCCACGCUACCUGUUCAGUGAGCGUGAGCAGCGGUGACGCGCCCACGGCUGAAGGGCUCUACUGGACCCUCAACGGCCGGCGGCUGGCCCCCGAGCUCUCCCAGGUCCUCAACGCCACCACCCUGGGCCUGGCCCUGGCCAACCUCAACGGCUCCAAGCAGCAGUCAGGGGACAACCUAGUGUGCCAUGCCCGGGAUGGGAGCAUCCUCGCGGGCUCCUGCCUCUAUGUUGGCUUGCCCCCUGAGAAGCCUGUUAACAUCAGCUGUUGGUCUAAGAACAUGAAAGAUUUGACCUGCCGCUGGUUCCCAGGCACCCAGGGGGAGACCUUCCUCCAUACCAACUAUACCCUUAAAUACAAACUUCGGUGGUACGGGCAGGAUAAUACAUGCCAAGAAUACCACACCGUGGGGCCCUAUUCCUGCCACAUUCCCAAGGACCUGGCACUAUUCACGCCCUAUGAGAUCUGGGUGGAGGCCACUAACCGCCUGGGCUCGGCCAGGUCAGAGGUGGUCACACUGGACAUCCUCGAUGUGGUCACAACAGACCCCCCGCCGGAUGUCCAUGUGAGUCGAGUGGGGGGUUUGGAGGACCAACUGAGUGUCCACUGGAACUCCCCACCAGCACUCAAAGACUUCCUUUUCCAAGCUAAGUAUCAGAUCCGUUACCGGGUGGAGGACAGCGUGGAGUGGAAGGUGGUGGAUGAUGUGAGUAAUCAGACUUCAUGUCGCCUGGCCGGCCUGAAACCAGGCACCGUGUACUUCGUGCAGGUGCGCUGCAAUCCCUUCGGCAUCUACGGGUCUAAGAAGGCAGGAAUUUGGAGCGAGUGGAGCCAUCCCACCGCAGCCUCCACGCCCCGAAGUGAGCGGCAGGGCUCCAGCGGGGCCUGCGAGCCUCGAGGGGAGCCCAGCUCCAUGCCGGUGAGGCGCGAGCUGAAGCAGUUCCUCGGCUGGCUGAAGAAGCACUCCUACUGCCCCAACCUCAGCUUCCGCCUCUACGACCAGUGGCGAGCCUGGAUGCAGAAAUCCCACAAGACCCGCAACCAGCACAGGACGAGGGGCUCCUGUCCUCGGGCAGACGGAGCGCGGCGAGAGGUCCUUCCAGGAGAUAAACUCUAGGGAUCCUGGGUCCUGGGCCAGGAGGACAUCUGCCUUCCCUAAUGGCCCCUCCAGAGUCUACAAAACAUGGAGGGAGGACAUUUGGGGAUCCCUCCCCCAAGUUCUCCCAAGCACUGGAACUGUGGGUUCAUCAGGGCACAAGGCACCCACCUAAGCCGCAGCCCCCACUCCUUGCCCAGCGAUCCCUCCCUUGCCUGGGCCCGUUCUCCACACGGGCAGCCCAGGCUUCUGCGGAGCCAUCAGCCGCCUCGGCUGUCUGGCAAGGAGCUGUCCUGAAGAACAGGAGCAGUGUGGGAAGAACAAGGCAGGGCUUGGGGGAGGGGUGGGGAGAGACCAAGCCCCUGCCUCUUUCGGUACCCAUAGCCCCUCCUGCUUCUGCCCAAUUCUCUGUCAAAAGAUUCUUAUAAAUAAACGACUUAUUUUUGGUGAA